GAGCGUCAGCGCUGACGACCUGAAAAAGACACAAGCACGCGUAAAGCCCAGUUCCUGGUUGUUGCUCGUAGAGCUGCGCAUGAAAACAUCAUGCUUCGUGCAGUUUUUUAUCGAGCUUUUCUUCCCCUCAACCGACUGUCAGUCUGUCACUAUAGCAGCGCCAUCCCAGCGCCCAACAGCCAGCCUGAAGUCCACUACAACAGGCUGUUCAUAAACAAUGAGUGGCAUGAUGCUAUCAGUGGGAAAACCUUCCCUACCGUCAACCCAGCAACAGGAGAGGUCAUCUGUCAAGUAGCAGAGGCUGAUGUGGCAGAUGUAGACAAGGCAGUGAAGGCAGCACGUGAUGCCUUCAGGUUUGGUUCACCGUGGCGUCGUAUGGAUGCUUCUGAUCGUGGACUGCUGCUCAGUCGAUUGGCUGAUGCUAUUGAGAGGGACGCUGCCUACCUGGCUGAACUGGAGACUCUGGACAAUGGGAAGCCUUACGCUGUGGCCUUUAGCGUGGAUGUUCCCAUGGUGAUUAAAUGUCUCAGGUACUACGCUGGCUGGGCUGAUAAGUGGGAGGGUAAGACCAUUCCUAUUGAUGGAGAUUACUUCUGCUACACCAGACACGAACCUGUUGGAGUCUGUGGACAGAUCAUACCGUGGAACUUCCCUCUGUUGAUGCAAGCCUGGAAAUUAGGCCCCGCCCUGGCGACUGGCAACACCGUUGUGAUGAAGGUGGCAGAGCAGACGCCACUCACAGCCCUUUAUGUGGCCAGUCUCAUCAAAGAGGUAGGUUUCCCAGACGGUGUUGUGAAUAUUGUCCCUGGAAUGGGACCAACAGCUGGAGCUGCCAUUGCCAAACACAUGGAUGUUGAUAAGGUGGCCUUUACUGGAUCCACAGAGGUUGGUCAUCUGAUCCAACAGGCUUCUGGGAGCAGCAACCUGAAGAGAGUCACGCUAGAGCUGGGAGGAAAGAGUCCCAAUAUCAUCCUGUCUGAUGCUUCUUUGGAAGAUGCAGUGGAGCAGUCACACUUUGCCCUGUUCUUCAACCAGGGCCAGUGCUGCUGCGCUGGAUCCCGAACGUACGUCCAGGCAGACGUCUACGAUGAGUUCGUGGAGCGCAGCGUAGAGCGCGCCAGGAGAAGAGUGGUGGGAAACCCAUUUGACUUAAAGACUGAACAAGGCCCUCAGGUCGAUCAGGAGCAGUUCAACAAAAUUCUGGGCUACAUCAGCGUUGGUAAGAGAGAAGGUGCCAAGCUGAUGUGUGGAGGAGGAGUAGCAGCAGACAGAGGAUACUUCAUCCAGCCCACGGUGUUUGGAGAUGUCCAAGACAACAUGACCAUUGCCAGGGAAGAGAUCUUUGGUCCAGUGAUGCAGAUCCUGAAGUUUAAAACACUGGAGGAAGUAAUAACAAGAGCUAAUGACACAAAAUACGGUUUGGCAGCGGCUGUUUUUACCAAGGACAUCGACAAAGCCAACUAUUUGUCCAAUGGGCUCCGUGCAGGAACAGUCUGGAUAAACUGCUAUGAUGUGUUUGGGGCUCAGGCUCCUUUUGGGGGCUACAAGGCUUCAGGUAACGGCAGAGAACUGGGAGAGUACGGCCUGGAAAGCUACACUGAAGUUAAAACGGUGACCAUCAAGGUGCCACAGAAGAACUCGUAGACGUGAUCGGAGCUGUGAUCAACUCUGAAUCAUCAUGCUGCUUCCUGAUGAGUGAAAAUCCGUCCACAUACUUAAGCAUUAGAGUCCUUGACGACUACAGGAUGUGGGAAUUGCCUUUAUUAUCAAAAACAUGCCAGACAAAUACUGCAGCUUAAACCUAAAAUGUGUAUCUGCAGCCUGUGGGCUUUUUCUGUUCUGAAAUGUUUUAUAAUAAAUGCAUUGAGGCUCUGUUCUGA